ACGAAUAAUAACCGCUUUUAACGGAUGCAGAUAUUUUCCAUAUGAACGGAUACGGAUGCGAACGGUAAUUGAAUUUUCGGUUAUCCAUUUAGCGCCAGUAGAGACAACUUAAAUGGGUAUUGAGAUCCGCCCAAAAACCUCUCAAAGAGUCGAAAGACCAAGACAAGCGCACAGAAGAGGGAGGGCGAGGAAGAAGCGAUGAAGGAGACGGCGAAGAUGAACGCCAUGAGAUCUGGUUUGGUUGUGAUCGGAGCCUUAGCCUUCGGAUACUUGACUCUGCAACUCGGUCUCAAGCCCUUCCUCCAGAGAGCAGAGGCCCAGCAACAGAAACUCUUCUUCUCCGACGACGAUUCCUCAAACUCCGACCGAUCGACGCCAUCUGAUGCUGUGAUUCGAUAGCGGUUGUUGAUUCAUUUUGGAUUGAAUUUUGAUUUCUUGAUUGAAUUUGGAGACUAAUGUCAAGCGUUAAGAAGGUGAUUGGGUAUUAAU